AUGACAACAACCCCUGCACAUCUUGGUGCAAAGGUGGACUGGGCUGUUGAUCAUCUCAAUGCCCGCUGGGAUCUUAGGCUGCCAAAACUGCAUGGCGCACAAGCUCGAAAUGCUGGUGGUAAUGAUCGACUGGCGUUCCAAUGUUUCUCCAGGAUUAGGAUGCUCACAUUUCGUUCUGUUCCCAUCGAAAAAAUCAUUGAAGAAUUUGAUGUGGAGGCUCGCCAAAUCCAUUCGCAAUGGGUGUACAAACCUUCGCAGGAGAAGGGCACUCUUGCCACUCUUCCUGUCACCAAAAGUUUUAUUGAGCGAGAGAAGUGUGCGCUGCAACUGAAAAAACUCUCUGCUUCAGAACGAAAUCAGCUUUCUCAAGCACUGUUUAAAGUUCUUGAUGAGUACUGUAAGCUUGCUCAAUUGUCACAUCUGACUCGGACCCAGAGCACCCCUAUCACUCCUAGGAGAGCUGGUGCGCAUGAGGGUCUGGAACCAAGACUAAAGUCUCCAGGAACAGCCUCCGUGAAACGGUCGAUUCUUUCUCCUGAUAGUAAAAGUAAGCGUCAGCAAACACUGAAACAACUUAAUUAUUUCAGACCACCUCCCUUCUACACAAAAUCGGAGCCCCUAUCACCAUCGCACACCAGGUCACAUCCAGAAAUUACUAGCUUUGACACCAUUGCAACAUCCAGAACCUCAUCUGUUUUCGAUCACGUCGAGGGCUACAGCGAUAUAUCUCAUCAAACCUCGGUCUUGGAAGGGUUUGAAACUUCUCCCAAGGCAGAACAGUCACAAGAUCUCCUGCCGACUCAAGAAUUGGACGAAUUAAUGGAAGAUGACGACUUCCGAAGGUCUUUCCAUGAAAGCUCCUUCUUAUCCAAUGAUUCAGAUGCAGCCUUGAGCAAUACUUUUCCCGAAAAGCGCCAAUUACCUUCGAGUCUUCCAUUCUGGCUGUCCUGGGAGAGUGAUCGUCUUGCAGGCAAGACAGGAGAUAUUCCUAUCGAUUUCUACGAAACCAUUCGGAAACGAUGCAAGACCGAUGUUCCCACUUUUGAUGCGUAUUGGGAAGCUGCGAGGGAGUAUUUUCGGCAGAAACAGAUAUCACUACCACCCAAAUCGGACAUUCCUCUUCGGAUGGCUUCUGAGAACAAAUACAGCGAUUUACACUCGACAAAGGCGGUAUAUCUCACCGCAAACCUUGUCUGGAACAAAGACCUUGCCGAUGGCUGGUUCAAGCUUGAAACGCAGGAAAUGCGUCUUGAACAAUCUUGUAGAUUUUACAGAAAGUUUGGGGCAGACCGAUUUCUGGUACUGUUUACCCCUGAGUUCUCUCCAACCAACUACCCAGAAGCCCUCAAAUCUCGAGCCAACGACCGAGAUCUUCUGCGUAAGCGAAUCACAAACUUCUUGACUGGUAACAGCCAUUUCAUCGCAGGGAGAUACUGGCGUGUUUUUUACGUGGAGCCCGAUAAGAAGAAGCGGCGAAAGGAUCAGUCAUCACGUCUCAAAUUCUUCUUGUUUGCAGAAACAGGGUACGAUAUCAUAGCUCCUCCGUCACCCGUUGAUCUAUAUGCAGAUUCACUUGACAUCGAUGGCCACCAUCAAGAGAUCGAACUGAAACUUCUGGCUGACUGGCAUAUGCAAUUUGAGGCCAACGCACAAUCGACUGAUCUGAAGUUGUUUUCCAGAUGCGGUCUCGGGCUCUCGAAAACAACGCCAACAGAAACUCUCAAUCGAAAUGAGUUUAUUGUCCGACAUGACUCACCAUCUAGCCCAGUCAUGAACGACGGUUGUGCAUUAAUCUCUUUUGAAUUGGCACAGGCAAUUUGGAAGAAGUUAGGUGGUCAGGGCGACAUGCCGUGUGCUUUCCAAGGCAGAAUCUCUGGUGCCAAAGGGCUGUGGAUAGUGGAUUUUCAAAAUCGGCACUCUGAAAAAAGUGAACGAGGGUACUGGAUCGAAGUAUCCGAUUCGCAAUUGAAGAUCAAGCCACAUCCCAGACACCGAAAAUGUGAUGAUGUGUGUCUCCGAACAUUUGAAGUCCUGAACUGGGCCGGCGAAUGCAAACCUGGGCACCUCAAUUUACAAUUGAUUACUGUUCUCGAGGAUGGUGGUGUGCCUCGUGCAGCGUUCGAAGAUGCACUCAUGGCCGAUACUCAAUCUUUUUCGGAAUCUCUCAAGGCAGCCAUCAAAGACGAGAGGGACGGAAGGCCAUUACUAGUGUGGAUGCAGACGAAUGGACUCUUGGGCCCAAUCGAGAAGAAAAAUGUUCUAGGUUCAUUCCCUUCAGACCGUCGGCAACAGCUAAGGCUUCUGCUUGAGUCCUCAUUCAGUCCUUCAGAGUCUACCAAGGUCAAAGACUGUGUGAAAACAAUACUGAUGCACUACAUGACCAAUUACGUUGAGAGGCUGUGGAUCACUCAAAUCUCAUCAACGACUGUCUUCUGUGUGCCAGAUCCCACUGGCAAAUUAAAGCAUGAUGAAGUUUGUCUCAACUUCUCCAAGGCGGUCAAAGAUCCACGGAGCGGUAUGAGUGAGCUGGUGCUCAACGACAUUGAAGUGCUUGUGGCAAGAAAUCCUGCAUACCUUGCUUCCGAUGUUCAGAAACGCAAAGCUGUUUACAUACAUGAGCUACGACACUACAGGAAUGUCAUUAUAUUCCCUACGACUGGCACUCGGCCAUUGGCAUCCAUGCUGUCCGGAGGAGAUUAUGAUGGUGAUACUUGUUGGGUGUGCUGGGACCCUGCGAUCGUGGAGCCUUUCAAAAACUCCGAAUUGCCUACUAUGCCCAGCCCAGAGUCGUGUGGCAUGAGACAGGAGUCGAGACCGCUUGGUGAGAUUUUCACCAAAGACCGGCCCUUUCAAGAGGCAUUGAACGAUUUCUUUCAAGCUUGUGUCGAAUUCAAUGCACGUCCAAGUCUCAUGGGUAGCUGUUCAACAGAGCAUGAAAAGCUGAUAUACUCCAUCAGCCAACAGGGGAGCGCAAGAAAAUUAUCACACCCAGGUGCUGUCAUGCUUGCAACAUUGGCUGGUUACCUAGUUGACAGCAACAAGCAGGGUUGGAGCCUGAAUGAGAGUGCUUGGUUCUCAUUCCGUGCCGAAGCGAACGGCGGCAGAAAACUACACAGACCAGCCUUCAAGACAAGCAGUCCUCCGCAACGGCAACAGGGAACUUUUGCAAAUAUCAUGGACUUUCUCAAAUUUGAAGUGGCGGAACGAGAGAAGGACAACACAUUGGCUGGUUUCCAGAAACUCAAUUCGGAAGCUGGUGUCUAUGACGGUGUUCUGAGUGCCACUUGGAAAGACUUGUGGAAGAAGGCACUCGACGAGAAGAAGGCGUCCGAAAAGAGAUCUCGCCAGAGCUCGCGAGGCAGCAAGUCCAGUUCUCAGCCAAGGAGUCUCAUCGCUGAAGCAGACCAUGAACACGGUCAUGGUACCUAUCUGAUCUGUGACGACCUGAUACAACGCAUUGAGGAGAUCCAAAAGCGAUGGCGAGAAGUGGCAUCGCCUGAGGAGUUAUCGGAUUCAGCCAAGUACACCUAUGCCAUUCGUCAAAUCUAUGAGCCUUUUCUGGCCAUUGAACCGAAGAAGAUUGACCACCCCAUACGCCGUCGUUUCGAAGAAGAAACGACUUUGCAAUUUUCUUACUGGUCACUUUUGCGAGCAUCUUGUUUGCACUAUCACAUCUGCCGAAGAGGCAUAUUUCCUGAAUGGGUGUGGAGCAUUGCAGGAAGAGAAUUGUGCCAUCUCAAAGCCAUCAGUUACGAAGGCCCUGUGCGUCUGGUACCAGAAAACAUACUUGACAUGAUGAAAGUCAGUUCGAAGUUGGCCAAAGCACUGGAGGAUCGACAAACAAUGGAUGCUGACGCCGAUGCCGAGGAGAUGGAUGCAGAAGAUAUGAUUGACGUUGACAUGAUGGAAGAGUGAUAUUUGGG